UGUUCCUGACGUAACUGGAAAUCCUGGCCCUUUGGCCAUACCAGCAGCUGUCCCUGCUGGCAAUCCAGCCGAAGUCAAUGGUCCAGCGUUGCAGCCUUGGCCAUUGGUAUUUCAAUUGCCCUCAUUACCACCAGUCAUUGAACAACAUUUAAAAGAGGAGGAUCCUAUCUUUUUACGCAAAGAGAAGUCGGGACUUAGGACCAAGUUGAUUAGUUAUCUCGUUGACCUAAUGAUGCGGUAUACUCUAUACCCCAGUUCUCGCCAAUACAGGCAAGUCGUUGAGAGUCUUGUUGGUCGACACCCAUUCCUUCGUGGUGUCAAUGGAAACGGAGAGGAUACUCUCAUAGCAAGUCUGUGUAACAAAUAUCGGAAGGACCGGCAGCCAUUGACUCAUUUAGAUGCUGUGCAGGCAGCAAAACGAAAGUUUGGGCGAGUUGGUGGGGGGAGAAAACCCCACCAGUCAGAUGAAGACCUUGAGGUGACACCAAAGAAAGGGCCUUGCCCAUCUGGUGAUGAAGCGACAGACCCUUCUCUGAGCUCUGGGGACGCCCAGUCUCAUUUAGCGAUAGAAGCUAAUCGUCUGAAUCCCAACAUGGAGAAAGUAAUAGAUGUCCUCACGGAACAACCGCCGAAAUAA